AUGGAGUUGCCCAUCAUCAACCUCGAUCUCUUUCUUGAUCAGCCUCACGACUCGCCUGCUGUUGUCGCAGAAUGUGAUCGAGCAGCCGACGCCCUUAUCACCUAUGGUGCUCUGCUCUUGCACGACAGCCGGGUCUCAGAACAAGAUAAUAAUGACUUUCUGGAUCUCCUCGAGGAUUAUUUUGCCCAGCCUGAGGAGGCUCUGAAGAAGGACGAACGGCCCGAGCUGGGUUACCAGAUAGGUGCUACGCUAGAAAAUACGGAAAAGCCCAAGUGUGCGGUCGACGAGCCAUGUCUGGACAUUAUUGCGCGACUGGCACCGAGCCAGAGGCCGCUGGAUAUUACCGGCCAUCAGCCCGAUCCCAAAUGCAGAUUUUUCUGGAAGAUUGUUGAACACCCGCCUUACAAGACUGAAUUUCCUGGCUUAAAUGCCAAAAAUAUUGUUCCCGAGUCACCCUCCAUUAGGGAGAGAUGGGAGCCGACAAUGAAUCAAUGGGGGUCAUCGAUGAAGAACGCGGUGGCUGGUCUCGCAGAGAUGGCGGCGACUGGGCUGGGACUCUCCGAAAAGACUUUCAGCGACGCAGGCCGGUAUGGCCCUCACAUCCUGGCUCCGACCGCAUCAGAUCUUCGCAAAUACGGAGAUGAGAACACGAUCCUUGCCGGCUUCCACACUGAUUUGAAUUUUCUUACGAUUCAUGGUCGCUCACGAUAUCCGGGACUGCACAUCUGGGCACGCAACACGGGCAAGCGUAUAGCCGUCAAGAUCCCACCAGGCAACUACCUGCUGGUACAGGCAGGAAAGCAGUUGGAGCACCUGACCGGAGGCCUCGUGAAAGCAGGAUAUCAUGAGGUUGUCGUGAAUAAGGAGACACUUGGGACGAUUGAAAAGAGGAAGAGAGACUUUUCCGAACGACCUCUUAUCCGAAUCUCAAGCACUUUCUUCUGGCAUCUCUCCAGUGACUUCGACCUCGCUCCCAUCCCGGAUCUUUCUGACCGGGCGAAGCGGCUUAGAGUGGAACAGCUCAACCUCGGUCGAGACGAGGGCGAGGAGACUCAGUAUCCUCCUAUGAAAGUUGGUCAACAGGUGCAAAACGAGCUCAGGCACAUUGCGCUAUUGGCUUGA